AUGCAGAGCCAAGUCCGUGUCAGCGUCGGCCUCGCGCUGCUGGCGCUUCUCGUCCACGUUUAUAUGAAAACUAUGGCGCAAGGAGAGGAGUCCCUCGUGCAGCUCGGGGCCGUCACGACGUCGUCCAUCGCGUUGUGGCUCUUUGCACUCAACGCGACGUCGGUGCGGGUGCGCUAUUCCAAUGCUGACAACGACACGCCGCAGCAGGUGGUGCAGUCCCUUCUUAGCCGUGCGCCCGCGACGCUGUGGCUUCAAGGUCUGGCGCCGGCCACCACAUAUCGCCUGCACGUCGAGCUUCUGGACGAGACGACGACGCAUGUGGUCUACGCCAAGGACAUGGCGGCAUCGACGCUCUCGGACGACGUCUCGGCGCCAGUCUCGUUUGCGUUUGGCUCGUGCACCAUGGCGAUUCCGUUGCUGUACGAUCUCGUCGGCUUUGGCAGUAACCUCGACUACAUUGCGUCAGUCGUGUCCCCUGCCUUUAUGCUGCUCCUCGGCGACCAAGUGUACGCGGAUAUCGACAUUCCGACGCGCGCCACCGACGCCUUGUACCAAGCAACGGUGCAGGACCCGAGCUACAAGGCGCUGACGCAGUCGACACCGAUCUUUAGCAUGUAUGACGACCACGAGAUCUUCAACAACUGGAACCAAGGCGAAGACGACCCGCUGUAUACCGAACGCGUCCGCCUCUUCCACGUGUACUUUGGUCAGCGCAACCCAAAGCCACUGCGCGAUGGUGACCACUACUAUGCGUGGCAGGCGGGCGCUGCCUCCUUCUUCAUGCUGGACGUGCGGAAAUACGCAUCGCCCAAGACCAUGGUCGACGGACCAACCAAGACAAAGCUCGGUGCGGUGCAGAAGCGCCACCUCCUUGCAUGGCUCCUUGCCGCCAAAACGCCGUUCAAGUUUAUGGUUUCGCCCAUGUCCGAGUUACUUUUCUAGAAGCGCCGUCCUCAGAAUGCGAAUUAGGGUCGUCUCGAGCCUCGGGCUGCACAGCACGGACGAAGGCUGGGCGCUGUACCAAUCCGAGUACCACGAGAUCUUUGAUGCCGUCGUCGCACACAACAUCUCGGGGGUCGUCGUGCUCUCGGGGGAUCUGCACUGGGCUGGCUUUUUCCAGCACGGCGCCUACCCGUUCUUGUUCGAGAUGGGUGCAUCCCCGAUCGCAGCGCUGCCCGUGCCACCGCUCGUGCCGCGCUGGCUGGUUGAUUCGACCGACACGCUGCAUUUCAGUAGCUUUACGGGGACCCAUUUCGGGCUUGUGGACGUGGCUUCGAGAAGCCUGCGCCUGACCAUUUACCGAGCGCGCUUGGGGUGGCCCCAACCGGUGUUUACGCGGGAGCUGCUCUGGACCGAUACGAUUCCUGAACCUGCAACUUAACUCGUUGAUCGCAGCACAUUUGGCAACGACUGAUGUAGUUUUCAGCAAUAAAAACUCGUCCGCCG